AUGGGACUGGUUGGACACCCGUCCAACGGUAAGUGGGUUGUGCUGGGUCGUGUUGACUGUGAUGAUGAUGAUGAUGAUGAUGAUGAUGAUGAUGAUGAUGAUGAUGAUGAUGAUGAUGAUGAUGAUGAUGAUGAUGUGUGGUCCAGUGUUGAAAUCGUACAAGUACUCGAGGAUCUUGCGUGGCAACAACAAACAAUGCCCACGAGCACCGACAUUGGUCAACGACUGCUGUUCUCUGUGCUUCUGUUGUCGCCCAAGAAACAACGCCAUUGCUGCAUCUUUGAGGAGCCCAAGGACGAAGAUGAGAGUGGGCGCCAAGGCCUGUCUCACAGUACCAACGGUGGUGGAAGACGCAAAAGCGUCAAGGCGGGUCGUGUGCACCACAUCAUAUGCCGCUCAAAGGAGGAGGCGGAGAUGCUCGCCAUCAUUGGCGUCAAAGUGCGGCACAUCAAGCGCAACGCCGACAUGGCCGAAAAGGCAAACAGCCUGCGUUUUCUGCUGGAAGCCGUGAUGCGCCUGACCAAUAACAUGCCUCCACAGCACGUCGGCUUCUCCUACCGCUCGCUGGACAACAAUGAUCGCCGUCUUGUGGAGCCGACAGGUGUCAUGUACAACGACAAGCCCGUGUACUCUGUGCGCGGCUCGCUCGCGUCCUACUUCUACUUCAACAACGAGCAGUGGGUCAUGGGCACAGGCACCAUGGUCUCAUGCUUCUGCACCAAGAGGCGCUUCAACCCCCACACUAACUUCACCCCAUCCAUGAUUGUGGCGCAGCAGUGCGACAGCCCGCUCAACUUCGAAACCAUCGGCUGGAACCCCCACAAGGUCAAAGAAGCUCAUCCAGCCAGCGUUCGGCAACAGGAAGCUGAAACCAUCUUCACACUUUCCGCAAGUCUUCGUGCACCUGUGCUGACGGCCCAGGACCGCAUGGCCUUCCCCAAUCUCAAGACGCCACUGGUGACGCGCGAGCCCAAAGCUGAGCCGCAGCCUGAAAUCACACCAUCUUCUGACGCCCAGCAGCAGCAGCAGCAGCAGCAGCAGCAGCAGCAGCAGCAGCGCGAUGCUGGCGAGUCCGACGCUGGGUGUAUGGGCUUUUUCCGAUGCCUCACUCGUAUCUGCUGUUUCCCGUUGUGCUGUUGUUGCUGUUGCAACCGGGACUCAAACAAGUUCGUGGUGGACCCUUCCUCCAGCCCAGACUUCUACGACUUCGUCCUCCACGCGAACGUCACAGUGAAGCUGCCGGAACUGCUGCAGCGUCUCGCCCAGCUGUGCGAAGACCCACUCCUUGCUGACAACAUGUGCACACGUAGUCAGCCGGACCAGAAGACGCCACUACGAGAGUUGGUGGACAAGCUGUCGUGGCGCAAGCCGCCCAUGGCAGAGCCAAUCACUGCCAGCGUUCUCGCCGUCAUCGACGAGGUGACCGCGCACGCCGCCUUUGAGAAGCAGCUCGCCACGGAGCAAGGCCUCAGUGGUUUCCAGGACAACGAGUUCGCCGUCUUGAAGCAGCACGAGUUGGAGGCCAAAAUCUUGCGCCACCGCAAGGGUCACGAUGAGGAUGUGGUCAAGGGCGCCAUUGAAAAGGUGCGGAUGCACCUCAGCCGCGACAUUCUCCCCGCCAUGAUCCGCCUCCUGCACAGCGUCGUGGCAAAGGGCGAGGAGUGGCAGUUUGCGUCCGUAAGCUUCGCCGGCAUCCCUAACGACGACAACCACCCAGGCCACCUCAGCCAUGGUUUCUUCAACCGCUGCUUGCAGAACACCAACGGACGACGCAUGUACCACAACUCGCUCAUCCACCGCACCAUUUACUGGACGGGGCAGCGCUGGGAGGUGACGAGCGACGUGAACAACAAGGAGCAGGUGGAGGCAUACUCGAAAGACGACGUCAUGUCCCCAGACGCUGCCACCAGCUGGUUCGUGUAUGUCACCAAGAGGACUGAGGGCGAGUUGACCAAGGGCUUUCAGGAAAUGGAGCGCGUUCGCGUCGUGGAGCCAGACACAGGCAUGCGCUCGCGCUACACGGGUGCGCUGAUCAACAGUGUUGUGGACAUGAUGCGAGCCGUCGACCUGUGCGUCACGCAGGGGUCCGAUGUCAUCCUCAACCUGAAAGGGUUGCUCCAGCACGCGGUGCGCCUCGUGCGCAUGGGCGGGGACGCUUCCUUCGCCGACACCAGCUUGCUCACACUUUGUGGCCUCGUGUGCAAGCUCUCCCCAAAGAUGGAGGGCGUGCACGACGUGAUGGUGGAGUGCCUGCGCCACAACUACUUUGACGCCUUCGUGCAGGGGUUCUACCACACCUCCCGAACCACCAUCGGCAAGCUGCCCAAGUCCUCAAGCACAGACAGCUUCGACCACAGCACGUACCCCUUUUACCAGUUCCUUGAGCACAUCUUUGCCGCACGCAACCUUCUGUACGGGCUGAGGUUCCGCCUGCGUAGUGGCGCCCUUGUCCCGCAUACGUUCAACGGCGCCGUGGGUCAAUUCUCCAAGGACCAAGUGCUGCAGAUGUACGAGACGGGGCUUGAUCGCUUGCAUGGCCUCAUCGCCAAGUACGUUGCGUUCCGCAUGUUCUGCCUCUUCCUCGACGCCUUUGGUCGGUUGGGCGAUGUCGUGCGUCAGGGCACUGAGGACUUGCUGGAGGCAGGGCGACACGAGAACAAGCAGCUCGUGCGUGACAGCAAGGAUGCCAGGCACAGCAGCAAGGAUGGCGAAGAUGGCAGAAAGAAUGGCGACGAUGGCAAAGACAGCAAGAAAGGCAACGAUGGCAAAGACAGCAAGGUCGAGGAAAAGGAUUUCAUAGACAUCGACACAGAACGGAAGGAGGAUUGGGUGGAGUGCCUAAGCCAGGGGGUGUCACAGCUGGUCAAGUCCCCUGACUCUGUAGAGGUGUUUGCCCGCGACCUUCCGUACGCCGCGGCAGAACUCACACUUGUUGUUGAGGAGGCGGUGACCAACACCAUCAGCCAGACCGCGAAGCCCUUCCAGCACCGCAUCUCCCAGCACGUGAUCAAUCUGCUUGCCAACAUCACGGAGCACGCCGUUGAGCGCGUGUCGAGCCAAGAGGAAGAGAAUGAGGAGGAGGUGGUGGAGGAGGAGAAGGGUGGGCCGAGCAAGGAGGAGAAAGAGAAGAAGAAGGGUGAGCCGAUUCAAGACGCGCAGAAGAAGAAGAGGAGGCUCAAGCCCAGGGCGGGUGCGAAGAAGAAGAAGAAUAAGGACGUCCGGCAGACCAAGGAGGACAAGAAGAACAAAAUGAAGCAACGCGCUUCUGAGCCAAGCAUGGAGGAAGAGAAGAAGAAGAAGAAGCAGGAGGAGGAGGAGGAAGAGAAGAAGAAGAAGCAGGAGGAGGAGGAGGAAGAGAAGAAGAAGAAGCAGGAGGAGGAGGAAAAGAAGAAGAAGCAGGAGGAGAAAAGAGAGUACCAGCGCAAGGUGGAGCUUGUCUCCUCCGUCAUCUUCCAAGCCAACCCCGUGCCCGUGCUCGUGUCCCUGCUGCGAGGUCAGAAGCAGGACAGCAACGUCUUCCGCACCACGGCCCGGCUCAGCACCCAGAUGGACUGGUUCACAAGCGCCCUUCGUGCCCUGGCCAACCUGGCCAAGUCGAAGAAGGAGCACCGCCUGCGCAUCGUGCACGAGGGCCUCACCCCUGUCCUCCUCCGCUUCCUCAUUGUCGGAAACCUCAAGCUGCGGCACAACGCCACGCGCUGCCUCAUUGAGACGCUCCAGUUCACGCAGGAGAGCGUGGAGCAGUUUGUCAAGGAGGAGGGCCACCUCACCGUGCUGCGCCUGGCCAAGGAGGCGACGAACAAGGCCAUCACCAGCGUGGACACAAGCCUCGAAGGCGCCCUCUUCAGCGUGCUUGGCGCCGUGUGCUCUGUGCCCGCGGGCGCCAACGCCCUGGUGGACGAGCCAGACUUUAUGGAGCUGCUCUCCAACGCUGCACUCGAGCAAAAGGAGCUGUACACGUCCGGUGGCGGUCUCAGCGGCGCGCGCCUCAACAUGUGCGACAAGGUCAACCUGCUCUUCCUCCUGCUCACGGAGUUGGAGAUUUCCGACAACCUUGAGGGCGUGCAAGCACAACUGUCAGGCCUGAAGGGUGAGCUGAAGGAGUCGUGCGAGUUCCAGAACAGGCUGAAAAACGUGCUGGUCAAGAUUGGGGAGGUCAAGCCUGAGGGGGGCGACGACACGGGGAACGCCGAUGCUAAUAGCGCACAAGAUGAGGCCGUCGACAUGGGCCAGAACGAUCCAGAUUGGCAGCCAGAGCACGAGAGCGACCGUGAUGAGCUUCAGGCGGGCGAGCUCUUGUCGUGUGACGGCGUUCCCUUGCGGAAGGACGAGACGUAUGUGUACCAGCUGGCCACACUGGCCAAUCUGUGUGACAUGGGCGAAGAGCAUGAAACGAAGGACGGGAACGACAAGAAGGAAGAGAAGGGGGAGAACGGAGAGAAGGAAGGGAAGGGGAAGGCCAUGUGUUUCUUGUCUUACUCUUGGAGUCACAAGAGGCGCUUCCAGAAGCUUGAUACGUAUCUCGAGAACACUGGCUUGAAAGUCUGGCGCGACGAGAACGAGAUUUUCAAGAAAGCCAGCAUGCUUGAGAGCAUGGCCGGUGGCAUCCAUGGGUCUGCGUGCGUGAUUAUUGACUACUCGCCAGAGUAUGCCAAGUCGCACAACUGCCGUGCCGAGUUACACUAUGCCAAUAAACUGCGCAAGCCGCUCUUCUUCGUCAAGACGACGCGCAAGAAUCCACCGCCUGCGUCAGCGCUUGACUUUAUUCAAGCCGGACACUUGUACGUGGACUACUCCAAGGUCAGUUCGACCAAAAGUGUCAAGAAUCUCAACAAACAGCUGCGCAAGCAGAUAGGGGCACGUCUCAAGCUCCCACCAUUCAAGGACGACGCAGCAGAUGCUGACGAGGACGAGGAAGAGGAAAAGGACGCCCUAAAUACCUUCCUCUAUUUGGCCGGUGUCGCCAAGUACUCGCGCGAAGCGCUUUCCGAUCACGGCGUCACUUACCCGCUGCUCAAGUCGCUGUCGCGCGAGGACCUGCGCCACACGGGCGUGCUGAUGAGCGACAUCGUGAAGAUAGAAACGUCAAUUAACGAGUGGAUGUCACGAUUCAAUGAACAGGUUGCAGAAUGUCUGUUGAAGAUUGGUAUUCGGCAUCCCAACACUGUGGAUGUCAUUGCUCGGCUCAAGAUCAGCACACCCGAGGAGCUCAGGCGUUCGAAGCUCAUGUGGUUGCGUUCCAAAGGGGUCGACGAGGAAGAUGCCGAACGCAUUGUUGACUUCUUCAAGCCAAAAGAGCAAAGCAAGCAAGGCCCCCCGCAACAGGCGUCCUCUGCUCCCUCGAAUCCCAGCACUAGGCAGUCAAAGGUGCAAGUGUCCACCUCGUCAAUGCAACAGCAGCAACAGCGUGGGCAUGCACAACCACCGCCACCAUAUCGCUCGGCACGUUCAACCAUGGAGCGUCCUCUACCACCCACGCCAAGCAUGGAACCAGUCACAGCCCUCGAGCAGGCGUCAUCCUCCAGUAUGCACCCAGAACUGUUUUUCGACAGUCCUCCACCAGUACCGCCACGCCGUAUCACACAACACCAAGAUGGCUUUGGAUUUGACGGGGCCGUUUUCGACGUGGAUGAGCCUUGA